AUGACCAACUUAACUAAACUCGGAUUGAAGCCUUCCAGUCCUCCAGGAAUCCUUGCCAAGAGUGCUAAAGAGUUCCACAUCAGUCAAAGUGUCAUCAUCCCAGCUGGCCUGGCCACCGUUGAGACCUCUGGUAUCGUCGGAUUUGAUGAAGAAGGCAACAUCCCAGCCGACAUCAAGACCGAGAUUCACAACGCUUUCAAGAACAUCGAGACUGCUCUCAAGCAUGCCGGUGUUACUGGAGGAUUCAAGUCUGUGUACCACAUGAACUCUUACCACACCGAUUUCUCUGAGGAGCACGUUGCUGCUCUUGAUGCUGCCACUGCCGAAUUCUUUGGUGAGGAGUACCCAACUUGGGCUGGUAUCGAGAUUAAGGGUUUGUCUGAGGGUGCUCACAUCGAGAUUGAGGUCAGAGCCAUUCAAGCUUAG